UUGAUGGAACACCCCAAUGUUACGUAAUCUUUCAUACUAGUGGUCUUACAAUAAUGUCUGAUUAUCAUACGGCUAGAUAUAUGGGUUUAUUGGAAAAUUGGUUACAGUACAUUAUCCCGAAGUUUUCGGAAAAACGUCCAUUCGGGAAGAUGGCCUUCAGGAUAAUGUCAGACAUCAGUGGCGCUGUGUAUCAUUUACAAGAGAACGAUUCUAAGACUUUCUCAGGGCUUUCACGGAUUGCAAAUAACAUAAAAUUACGGU